UCUAUCUCUCUCUCUCUCUCUCUCUAUAUAUAUAUACCUUCUUAGAAUAUCAUAUACUCCGUACAUAUACUUCCCUUGCAUCUCUAGUUCUUUGUUCGGAGAGCUCUUAUAGAAACAAUCUCUGUAUUCAGUAUUAAUAUUGGAAAAGGUUUGGCAGAGUGUUUUUGUUUAGUAAUGGCGGCAGAGCCGGUGAAGUCACAGCCGCUCCACAAUUUCUCUCUGGCACAUCUCAAAUGGGGCCACAGGAGCCACCAACGCUUCCGCCGACGGGACUCUCCACCGUCCGCCGCCGAACUUAACGCCAACACCGUCCAGCGUCGUCCUUCUCCUCCUUCCGGCGAGUCUGGCCCCAAAGUUCCUUCACCCGGAUCGCUGCCUGAGUUUCCAUUCUCUCUUUGCUCCACCCAGAAGCGACACGGAGAGGAAGGGGAGACGAAGACGUGGAAGCUGAGGCCGAGGAAGGCGAGGAACGGUGAAAUGCAGGAAACCAAUUGCGUAGUUGACAAGAACAGCGGGUCUGAGAGGCUUGGAGGGAUUGCGGAAGGGCACCGCGCGAUGGAGAGGAAGGAGAAGAAGAAGAAGAAGAAGAGGAAGUUCUGGAUCUCGCUUUCGAGGGAGGAGAUUGAGGAAGACGUUUAUUCUUUGACUGGGUCCAGACCCGCGAGGCGACCCAAGAAACGCCCCAAAGCCGUUCAAAAGUUAGUCGACACUGUUUUCCCUGGAUUGUAUUUGGUUGGACUCACUGUUGACUCGUAUCGAGUUCACGAGUCUCUGAAGUAGAUGUGAGGAGAUAAAGAGCUUGAGAGUUAGCUGCAUGCCUACUUGAUGGCUCAGUUGGAGGGAGGUAUAAAGAACUGAGUUCUGUAAAAGGAAGGGAUGUUACCAUACUUUUUUUAGUUUUUUUUUUUUUGGACAUCUGAUUCUGACAGGGUUGAUUAUGGUAGCUAGCUAGCUUAAAAUAUGUAAAAGACAAACUACAAACAUUGACAUGUUAUCAGUUGAAGCUUGAUUUUGUGAAAUUCAUUUUUGUGGCUUGGCAGGCUUCCAGACUCUCAGUUUGGAGGCAGAUCAGAGCUCAUAUUUAGACAGUAUGGAGAAGCUGCUUGUUUCCUGUUUUGGCACAUCGGCCUCCUCUACCCAAUAUAUCUUUGCCAAGUGGAACACACGGCAAAGGUUGGAAAUUUAUGUUAUACGUACAUGCAUUAUCUAUCUAUUUUCAAUUGCUAUAAAUAAUGAGGCUAAUCUCUUGUUCAGUUAGUUAAGUUAGGAAAA